AUUUCUUUAGGAUCUGACUAAUGAUUUGUGAAUAUCUGGAGUUGGAAAGACUUUAACAAAAUAAAGCCAUAAAACCUAAUUCAGAAUUAUUUUAAAAGAAGCGUUCAAGAAUCUGUUAUUGUCAUGGGAUCCUAUGGUAUAAAUUCAGUACAACUGAGUGAGGAGACUGAAAUUUAGAGUUCUCCACUUUCAAAAUAUCACAUCAACUCUUCUGUUUCUUACUGUUCUGUUAUUCUGGAGUCCAGUUACCUAAAUAUUUCAGAUAUGAGUGCUUGCUGAUGUGUUUAACAGUAUAUCCAUUAGGGGACUUUUUCAUGGAAUGCUUGUAACCCGCUGAGAACGUCUUUGAUAGAUUAACACUUACCUAUCAGAAAAAGAAUCAAAUGAUAUACUACAUGUGCUUUGUCUCAGUGAUUAUUUUUUUUUCCUGUUUCAAGCAGUAUACUUCCUUUUUGUUACUUCAGUGAGAACCUAUUUCCUUGCUUGUUUAAGUAAAGUAUACUAAUAUAGGUUGCCUUAACUUUACAGAAUAGGUGUAAACAUCUAGGGCUGAGACCUCUUUUCUUCUAUUUCUCAUUACUAUUUCUCUGACAGGUAGUUUUAUCCUUUUUCUUACCUCAUUUUCCUACAAGGCAAUUAAAACUAAAGGCUGAAUAAUUCUCCUUUUCCUCUUUCAUUUUGGACCCCACAUAAUGAAGCAUUUUGCAAGUGGGAAUCAUUAUGCUGUGGUCCUACCAUUCAUAGAAUUGCUUGCAUAAAGUACAAGUUUACUGAAAAUCUCAGUAUCUCCUAAGCUGAUAUACAAUGUUGCUAAAAGAGGAAGUCUCAUUUCCUUCUCUUCCUCCACUUCCAGUCCAACAGACCCUGGUGCUUGUCAUAUCCUUUCUUAAACUGAUUCAGUUCACUAAUCUGACUUGGAACUAUGUAUCGAUUUUUCUUAAUUCUUUAAUUUUGUGUCAUAUUGCUGAGUUGACGCAUUCAGGAAAAGUCCAUAUACACACAGUGGGGAGAGGGGUCAGUUGAACCUUCUACCUCUUGCUGACUGAACCUUGCAGCUAUUUCAGAAUGUAAUAGUGACAUUUUUGUUAAAUUUUGUGAGUUGUUGUCCUUUGAGAUACAAAGAAACUGUCUCUUACAAUGUAACUUGUAACAGGAGAGACUUUCAGGUAUUACAAAAAAAUAUGGAGAAGUAGUAAUAGUUCUUCAGUAUAAGAAUGGAACAUUAAAAAGUAUUACAGUAAUUCUGGUUUUGAUGUUUAUGUUUUCUCUCUGUCACAUUUUAAGAUGAUAUGUGCAGUUAAAGUCCUACUGAUUUGGAAAGUGUGUGGAAAUAAGGUAUUUUGAAAAGAUUUAAAAACCCCCAACUUUACUUAAUACAAUAAAGCUUUACAGCCGGAUACGUGCUUAUGAAAACACCACUUACAGCAUCUGACUUAUCUGCCUCUCUUUUCAGACAAAUAGAGAAGAAACUAAUUUUAUGGAAAUGUCUUUAAGUUAAAGGAGUAAUAAUAGCUCUUUCACACUAUUUGAAUGAUACUAAAUGUUUGCUAAUGUUCAUGUUCACUUUCCAAAAGAUGAAUUUCCAGCCAUUGUAAAAGAUCCCACUAGAGGCUGUCUGACAGAAAGCAAGACCUCAGGAUUUGUUAUUCUAGAUAUUACUGUAUAAAACCCCCCUAGUCCCCAAAUAUACAUUAGUAUGUAGAUAAGGCCUACUAUUCCUGCUCUAGGGAUUGAAUUGAAAUGCAGAGAAACUAAAGAACAUGGAGACAAUUGCAAGUGAUCAGGAAAGGUAUUGGCAAGUUAUUUCUUGUCAGCUGAGCUGUGGCAACUGACUAUGGUCUUGCUCAGCUCACUGUAAAAUGGAAAAGUUUAAACCCUUGUGUCUAGAUCGGGAUGUCUUAAACUGUGGAAUAAUCAGUGUUUCUUUCUUACAGCUUGCAUAUUAUCAUGUAGACCUGAUCAAACGUUUAUAUCAAUUUUAACUGCAAAUCCUGACUCUAGUAUGAAGAAAUCAAGCUAUUUUCCAUUUACUGUAAACUUGCUGAUCCAAUUCAACUACUUGCCAAUGCCAAAUGCAGAGUCUAAGAUGGAUUAAGAGGAUUUUGGGUGAGAAUUCCCUGAGGAAAAAAUGGAGGGUAUACAAUGGACUAGAAGCAGCUGAACGACGUAACACUGUACCAUGCUUCGCAAUGUCCUAGGAAAAACCUUGCGAUUUCUUGGGUAUACUGUGCAAUAUGGCUGCAUAGCGCAUUGUGCCUUUGAGUACCUUGGAGGAAUUGUUGUGUGUUCUGGACCUUCAAUGGAACCAACCAUUCAAAAUUCUGAUAUUGUCUUUUCGGAGAACCUUAGCCGCCACUUUUAUUGCAUUCGAAAAGGAGAUAUUGUAAUUGUGAAAAGCCCAAAUGACCCCAAAUCAAAUAUCUGUAAAAGAGUAAUUGGCUUGGAGGGGGAUAAAGUCUGCACAAGCAACCCUUCAGAUUUCCUUAAGAGUCACAGCUAUGUGCCUAAAGGACAUGUUUGGUUAGAAGGUGAUAAUCUCAGGAAUUCUACAGAUUCCAGGUGCUAUGGACCUGUUCCUUACGGACUGAUAAGAGGACGCAUUUGUUUUAAGAUAUGGCCUCUGAAUGACUUUGGAUUUCUACGUGCAAGCCCCAACGGCCAUAGAUUUCUUGAUGAUUAAAAGAUUCAAGUGACUAUUGUCAGCUUUCACAAUAUUUUCUACUAAAAUUAAUGGAACUAUUUUUGUUUAGAAUAAACACAAGUAUUACUUGA